CGUCACCAGCGACCGCGCGCGAGUGCACCGCCUUGCGGACAGCAGAGCCGGCGCCCCGGCCAACCUGAAGGUCAGAUCCCAGGAUUCCGCCGCCUGCCCUGGCAGGGGCUGGGCCCCUUUGCCCACGUGGUUCGGCUACGGCCACACGGUCGGGGUCUCUGGGCUGGCGCUCUUCUCGGCACUCCAGCGCCCCACCGUUCGCCUCGGCCCCCGUGAGACGGACUGUCAGCACCCCCGCCCGACGCCCGGCGCAGUCAUGCCGCGCACCCCGCUCAUCAGCUCGCUCCUGGUGCUGGCGCUCGUCGCCUUUGGCCUCCGCUGCGCCUUCGUGCCAGCGCCGCAGGCCAGCCCUGCCCGCCUCCUGGAGCUCUCGCCCGCCGCCGCCGCCGCGCUGGCGGGCGCGGCGCCCGCGCUCGCGGCGGAGAUUGACGCCGCCGAGGCGUACAACCGGAAGGUCCUGGAGGGCGCCGCCUACGGGGGCAUGCUCUGCGUCUUCAUGCUCGGCCUCAUCGUGCAGGGCGUCAGGAGGGACGUGGGCAACAAGUGGCUCAACUGA